AAUAAAUUUAUAAAAUAUUUUUGUUUCCCAAUUUAAAAAAAAUCUGCCUUGCAAAUGAAAUUUUAAAAUGACCAACUUAUUAAUCCUUUGACCAAUAUGAAGAAACAAUAUAUUUUAUCUUAAAGACUUUGGGAUUUCUAAACACUAGUGGAUGAAAAUAAUGGAUAGUGAAUCCAUUUGCUAUUUACAAAGAGGAUACAUUUGUUCUUACUUCAUCAGAAAAAGAACUACUGAAAUCUUAUGUUUUAGCUAUGAGUGAAUAAAGAAUUAUCUGGUCUAUUAAACAAAGCAAUACAAAUUUUACCACUGUUUGUAACUUCUUACUCAUAUGAAAUAGUUUUCUGCUACAGUUUGUUUCAGUGACAAGAUAUCACUGUGGUAGUUCUUGGAAAAGAUUUACCAGUAGCAAUAUCACCAAUGAUUUUUUUUAACUGAAAAACAUGCUGCCCAUUAAUCUCAUUUUAAUUUUUGUUAUAAAAUUAGCUGUACAGAUACUGAUACACACAUAAUGGAUUCAAUUUAAGAUUUGCAUGUUAUAAAAAAAUUGCAAUAAUCCUUAAUUCUAUUUGAAUAAAAUAUUGAAAUUGCAGUUAUUUCCAUGUAUUGUUUUAUGAAAAAUUAGGGCGGCGUUGCUAAGUAAAAUAUGGAAACCACCAGCCUGGGGAGUGUGACCGGCAAACUCCUCACUGUCUGCAGAGAUUCUCCAUCAAGGAUCUGUGAAAAGUGUUUUUAAAAAAUAUUCUGAUGACUGCAUUUCAGUAGUUGGCUUCUGUCUGUUGCAAUCUUAUGCAUUUUCUGCAUUUGAAAACAUUAUCCUGAAAAAGGUUCCACAGGCUUCACGAGAAUGCUUCCAGGCCACACAAAAAAGGUUAAGAAGUGCUGGCGUGGAUAACGUUCCGCUACAAGAGGCUGCAUCCGCCCACUCUGUGUAUAAACCAAAUGCGUUUUGUGCCUGCUGCGCCACCGUCCACCUUCCAUUAAUUAGGAACAGGAAGAGAAAUUAUUAAUCCAGAAGCAGGAAGUCACUGGGCGAUGCUGCGCACGCGCAGCAGCACUUUUCUCCCCUCCCCCUUUCCCCUCGAAGAUUGCUAACAGUUCUCCUUGCCCGUGAAGAAACAGCGGGUCUAGGGCCAUGCUGGGCAACUACAACCGCGGCACACCCCGGGCGGGCCCCAACCGGCAGCGGGACUCGCUCCCGCCCGCCCCGCGAGCAGCGAGCGGCUGUCGGACCCCGCAGCGAAGCCAGGGCAUCGACGACCGGGGCGAUGGCAUCGAGGCGGCGGAGGACGAGCCCUGUCCGGCUCCCGGAGGCUCCGAACCGAGCUUCGAGACGGAGGGCGACGACAGCAAGCGGCGCCUGAUCCGGCACCAGUACCGCGAGCUCAUCCACAACGUGCAGCAGCAACGAGAAGAUAUGUUGAGUUCAAAAAGCAACAAAUUAACAGAUGCACUUGAACAAGCCAACCAGCUGUUUAACAGAGUGUCCCAAGCAAGAGAAGCAGCCCUAGAUGCCCAGUUUCUUGUUUUGGCUUCAGACUUGGGUAAAGAAAAGGCAAAUCAGCUGCAUUCUGAUAUGACCUUAUUUGAUCCAACAUCAUAUACUGAAGAUUUACUUAAGUAUAUGGGCCUAAAUCGUCUUGAAGUACAAGAAAGUGAUAGUGAGGAAGAGACUCUUCAUAUUGGAUUCUUACCUGAAGACUCCUGGCUCAGAGUAGGAAUAAUAUCAGUAAAAUUCUUAAAGAGUGCUCCAACAUUCCACUUUUUGUUUGGUUCAUUCAAGACUGAUCCUCCUGUGCCAAAGCAACGGAAUGAACGUCAGAGAAGAAAAGAUAAGAAAGAAGAGGAAAGGGCCAUGCCUGCUGAGUUGAAAAAAAUGGAGGAGUCCCAACAAGAGGCUACAGAAAAGGAGGUAGAAAGGAUCUUGGGAUUACUGCAGACCUAUUUUAGAGAAGAGCCUGAGGCUCCUAUAUCCUUCUUUGACUUUGUGAUUGAUCCAAAUUCUUUUGCCCGAACUGUUGAAAAUAUUUUCCAUGUUUCCUUCAUUGUAAGGGAUGGUUUUGCAAGAAUAAGGCUUGACCAAGAUAAACUGCCAAUAAUAGAGCCUGUUACCCAGGGUGAUGAGGAAAGUGAACAGCAAAGUACCCAGAUCAGGCACCAAGACGUUAUAUCACUGAGUUAUCAAGACUGGAAGGACAUUGUGAGAACUUUUGAAAUUUCGCAGCCUAUGAUCCCUCCUACGUGCUGUAGCGAGUAAAAUCCAAGCUUUCAAAGUUACCCUGCUGCAUGUCUGCCAACGAAAGUGGGAACAGCACCAGAAAUUUGGAGUUGGGAAAAAGGAGGGCCCUGCAAGGACUCUGCCAGACCAUAGCAAUUUCACUCGAGUAAAUGAAUGCUAGGAACCCAGUAAUAGUUGUCAUCACCAGCCAUCAAUGCCUUUUUUAUUUCUUUUUGGGUAAAGCUUACUGUUGUUUCAGUAAGCUGUUGAGGAAAGCUGUGUUUCCCUGGCUUCUUGGGAGGGACCCCUUCUAGACAGCAGCUAGGCAAUGACUUGGAAAGCGCACAGAGCCAGUGAGAAGACAGCUUGUACUGAAAAAGAACAAUGCUUAGUAUAUACUAUCAGCUAUGAACAUUGCUACUAUCAGUGAGGCAAAUCAAAUGGGAUUACCCUUUUCAUGACCCUUAAGUUUCUUUUGUGUAAACUCUUUUCCUGCCAUAAGGCUAUUACUGAUUUUUGUUUUGGCCUGUAUAAAAAUCAGAGAGAAUAGGAUGCUUGGCAUGUCAUUUGCUUUGGCUUUUGUACCUCUGUAGGGCUUUCCUCAUAAUCCAGCAAACUAAGCUAUAUUAAUUGGAUUUCAUUUGAAUUUGUGUUUUGAUUGAUUAUUCCUUAU